AAUUUUUAAAAGAGGUAAAAUUUGCUAGCUUUCUACAUUUGUCUCGCAGGCCCACGAAUAAAUAAACCAUCUGUGAAUCCUCGCACAUCAAACUCUUCAGAUAUCUCAUCUUCAGUCUUCUUCUACACAAAGCAAAAAUGGCGUUGAGGCCCAUUGAUAAUGCUCUCCCAAUAACUCCAGAAAGACCCAAAAAACAAGCAAAAGUCUCAGCUCCGAUUCAAAAACAAGCAGAGUUCGGUGUAAAUGAUGAAAAUAAGGUUCCAUUGCCACCCUCUGCAGAUGCUGUUAUCGAUUAUAUCUCUUCUGAGAAUCUCAAAGCUAUACCAGACCCUGAAUCCAAGAUCCAGGGUCUGAUUGAAGGCUUAGAUUCAAAGGAUUGGACAAAGGUUUGCGAGUCACUGAAUAAUGCUAGGAGAUUUGCGUUGCAUCACAACUCUCUUUUGCUCCCAAUCUUGGAGAAGGUAAUGUUGGUGGUGGUGAAGGCCAUGAAGAAUCCUAGAAGUGCUCUGUGUAAAACCUCGAUAAUGGCUUCAUCAGAUAUUUUCAAUGCCUUUGGUGAUAAAUUACUUGACGCCACUACUGAUGCUUUUGAUAACUUGCUGUUGCAGCUGCUGCUCAAAGCUUCUCAAGAUAAAAGGUUUGUGUGUGAAGAAGCAGAUAGAGCACUGAGUGCAAUGGUGGGUUCCAUGACUCCUCUGCAUCUGCUCCAUAAGCUCCGAGCAUAUGUUAGACAUGCCAACCUUAGAGUCAGAGCCAAAGUUGCCUUGUGCAUCUCCAACUCCAUCUCCAAAAUGGAUCUGGAAGGAAUGAAAGAGUUCGGAUUGGUUUCAUUGGUACAAGUGGCUGUCGAUUUGUUGAAUGAUAGGUUGCCGGAGGCAAGAGAAGCAGCACGAAAUACUGUGAUUUCGAUAUUUGAAGCGUAUACAGAGAACGAAGAGCAUAAGCAGGAGUCAUGGCAAAAGUUUUGCCAAUCCAAUUUGCCGUCUGCUCAUGCUCAGUCUAUUGCGAAAAUUACUAGUUCGCAAUAAAAUGCAAUGAUGUGCUGAUGUUUACCAUUGUAGCAGGGCACUAAAAGUUAUGGUCAUAAAAAAAUUUAAAAACUGAACUUAUUUGUUCUACCCUUUCAUGUAAAUUCUAUUUUACAUGAAUAUAGCAAUAAAAGUGUAGGUCAUUUUUGUGCUGA